CUUUGUAAGAAGUUACCAUCCCUCCUCUUUAUCUACUAUUACUACUACUACCCUUUGCUUUCUUUGUUUUUGUUUUUCCCCUUUAUUAAUUUCUCUUUCACACACACACACACACACACUCACAAAAAACGCUGCUUUAUUCUCUUUCCCCCCUCGAACUCGACCCUAAAAAGAAGACCCUUCUCCUCUUAAAACUCAAUCCUCCUUGUGUUCACAAACAACAUUACUUCCCUUUACAUUCCAUUUCUCUCUCUGUCCAAACAAACCAUCAUUUGAGCUUGAAAACCUAGAAAGCAAAGACCCACGACCCCUCUUCUUCUUCUUCUUCUUUUGGUUCCUUUUGGCUAUUCUUUUGUUUUCUAUCAUCUAACAAUUUCCUGUUUGAGCAUGAGAGUUUUCUGAGUAUAGAAUUCUUCUCAAAUAGUAUCAUCAUACGCCAAAUUCUACAAAGGGUUUUUUCAAAAAUCAUAAGCUAGCCUAAAUGAUGGCCUCACCUGCUGAGCUGAGCCUUGACUGCAAGCCACACAGCUACUCCUUGCUUCUGAAAUCUGUGGGUGAACAGCAGCAAACUCAUGAUCAGACACAGAAGCUUGAAGAAUUUCUUUCUCGACUUGAAGAAGAAAGGCUCAAGAUUGAUGCUUUCAAAAGGGAACUUCCUCUUUGCAUGCAACUCCUCACCAAUGCAAUGGAAGCUUACAGGCUGCAGCUACAAUCCUACAGAGCCAACCAAGGAUCAAAACCUGUUCUUGAAGAAUUCAUUCCCAUAAAACAUGCACCAAGUUCUGAAGGAUCAGACAAAGACAAAGCAAACUGGAUGACAUCAGCACAGCUAUGGAGUCAGGCAGGAGCAAGUGAAGUUAUAACCAAGCAGCAACAAUCCCCGGUGACAUCUCCUCAGGACAACCAUAUUGAAAAUGGGUUCAGUGUGAAUCAUCAACAUCAUGCAAAGCAAUCCUUGGACAACAACAAUAAGCAGAGGAAUAUGAAUGGAGGAGCUUUUCAUCCAUUUGGGUCAACAAAGGAAAGAGUUUCAUGCCAAAAUCAGGCUUUAAUAACACUACCAGAUUUGGCACUGGCUUCUUCUGAUAAAGAUAUGGAAGACCAAAAGAAUGUUGGAAACAAUGGCACUUCAGGAGGAGGAGUCAAAGGAGGCAGUGAUCAGUCAGAUUCACAAACGAACAACAUUAAUCCUAAUAAUAAUAAUAAUAAUAAUAAUAACAACACUAGUGCGACCAGUCAAACUCACAGAAAAGCCAGGAGGUGCUGGUCCCCUGAUCUUCACAGAAGAUUUGUUAAUGCUCUUCAGAUGUUAGGCGGUUCUCAAGUGGCUACUCCAAAGCAAAUCAGAGAACUCAUGAAGGUUGAUGGCCUUACUAAUGAUGAAGUUAAAAGCCAUUUACAGAAAUACAGGCUGCAUACCAGAAGGCCCAGCCCAAGCCCACAGGCGGCGACGGCGGCAGCACCGCAGCUGGUUGUUCUCGGCGGCAUUUGGGUUCCGCCGGAAUACGCAACGGCAGCCCAUCCGGGAGCUCCGGCGGCCACCCUCUACGGCGCACAUCAUCCGACUGCACAUGCAUCAACCCAUUACUGCACGGCGGCAGCCAACACUGGAGGACCCCACCAAGAAUUUUACUCUGCUCCGGCAACCGCCCAAGCCCAUCAGUUGCACCACCACCACCACCACCAUCACCCCGCCGCCGCCCUCCACAACCAGCUUCACAUCUACAACCAACCGCCGCAGGCGCAGAGCUCGCCGGAUUCCGAUGUGCGUGGGACCGGUGACCGGUCGGAGAGUAUUGAAGACGGGAAAUCGGAGAGUAGUAGCUGGAAGGCCGACAGCAAUGGCGAAAACGGAGGCGGCGGAGAGAGGAAGUUGUUGGUGGUGAGAGAAGAAGGUGAAGAGAGCAAUGCAAGUGAGAUCACGCUCAAGUUCUGACCAUAAUCAUCAUCAUCACUUCGUCGGAGAUCAAUUCCCCUGUUGAUUAUUAGAAGAAGUAGGAUUAUUAUUAUUAAGAUUAAGAUGAAAUUAAGAUUAGGCCGUGGUAGAUUUUAGCUUUAGAAGAGAUGGAGGAGGUUUGUUCUAAUUAACUACAAUUAUUACUUGGUCGAAAGAAAGAAAAGAAAAAAAAAAAAUCCAUUUUGUUGGGUAAAUUCACGACUAUGGAAUGUGAAGAUGGCAAUGAAGUGUACUGAUCAGUCAGCAGUCAAGAUUACCUACUAUCAUCAGUGAUUUGGUGGUCUGUGUCCUAUGACGAUGAAACUACUAGUAAAUCAUAGUAUCUGUAUUUGUUUUUGUACGGCUAGCUUCUUUAAUUUUAUUCUUUCUCUUUUUGGCGUUAAUUUCCUGCUUUCUUUGUGAUUGUGUUCAGAUUCAUCAGAUUUUUGCAAUGUAAAGUCAUUUGUUUUGAGGCUUGGAAGAACGCCUAUUUGAACAUACUGAUGAUAAAUCAACUCGUGUAUAGGG